AUGAGCACCAGAAGAACCCUUUACCACAUAUACUGCCUUGGUUCAUCAGCGAGAAGUGUAUUGAGUGGCUCAUGGGAUAUUGGUAAAGAAUCAUUGGGUUCAUGGAUUAAUACUUCAACUCUUACUAGACCUAUUCUGAACGAAUACCAGUGGUUUUAUGAUCCUAAAUGGGAGGAAGCUAAGAAACUGGCAGAAGACACGAGGAAUUUACAUAGUGGAAAACCUCAUCUAAAGAAAUCUAGAAAGAAGGUGGGGCCUACCACUAAGGGUACAAGGGAGUACAGUACUUCCACCAAAGUACCACCUGAAGAAGAAGAAUCUCAAAGACCACAACGGGAAUUACAAAGCUCGGAAGUGCCGUCAUCUCGAUUAGCACGUCUUUUCCACUACGGUUCGUUAGCAGCGGGUGUUGGUAUUCAUGCUGCCACUGAAGGUAUAACAGAAGUCGCCAAAGGGAGAACUCCAACUUGGAAACAACUGAUUUUAUCGGAUUCCAAUGUGGAACGUAUAACGAAGACAUUUUCACAAAUGAGAGGUGCUGCUCUAAAAGUUGGUCAAAUUCUGUCAUUCCAAGACGAUAAAGUGUUGCCCAGAGACCUUUACGAAAUUCUAUCUCGUGUACAGAAUAGUGCUCAUUACAUGCCCCAGAGACAAUUGGAUAAAGUGCUAAAAGCUGAAUUUGGUGAUAAUUGGAAAUCUAACUUUGCUAAAUUUGACAGAAUCCCCAUUGCAGCUGCUAGUAUUGGUCAGGUACAUAAUGCAGUUCUACCAAAUGGUGAUAAAGUUGUCGUCAAGAUUCAAUACCCGGGUGUCAAGGAUUCUAUUGAUUCAGAUUUAAACAAUAUCAUGAUGGUGUUGGGGGCCUCUAGAUUAUUACCAAAGGGGUUAUUUCUAGAUAAAACUAUCGACAACGCUAGAAAAGAAUUAAAAUGGGAAUGUGAUUAUGUGAGAGAGGCCCAAUGUUUACAGCAAUUUGAAAAAUUACUAGAGGAUGACCCUGUUUUUGAAGUUCCUCACGUGUACCCAGAUUUAACCACUAGCAAUGUUAUUACCAUGAGUCGCAUGGAGGGUAUAGAAAUAAUGAAGUUAGCACCAUCAACACCUCAACACUUAAAGGAUUACAUUGCUGGCAAUAUCAUGAAGUUAUGCUUGCAAGAAAUUGCGGUAUUUCAUUGUAUGCAAACGGACCCAAACUGGGCCAAUUUUCUUUACAACCACAAGACUCACAAGAUUGAACUACUAGAUUUUGGUGCCUCUAGGGUUUUCCCAGAUGAAUUUAUUAGUGAUUACAGAAAGUUACUGACUUAUGCUACCCUAGGGGAUCAUGAAAUGGUGCGUAAAUUAUCACAAGAUUUAGGAUAUUUGAAUGGUCUCGAAUCACAAGCGAUGGUGGAUGCACAUGUACGCAGUGUUAUUACCUUGGGUGAGCCAUUUUCCGGGCCAAUUGACAAACCCUUUAGUUUUAGAGAUCAGACAGUCUCCGAUAGAAUAAGAGCUAAUAUUGGAUUAAUGUUAGAUGAAAGGUUGUGCCCACCACCCGAGGAAACUUAUUCAUUGCAUAGAAAAUUCAGUGGAAUCUUCCUACUCUGUGCAAGGAUGGGAGCUACAAUUCCUUGUUCCAAAUAUUUCCACGAUUUUUUUCAUUUGGAAUAA